AUGGGUGAACUAAUACAAAAAUGUCACUUAAUUGUCUGGGAUGAAUGUACCAUGUCCCACAAAAAAGCUUUUGAAGCUGUGGACAGAACAUUACAAGACAUUAGAAAUUGUAAUUCCAUGAUGGAAAAUGUCACAGUAUUAUUGCCAGCAGACUUCCGACAAACUCUACCAGUUGUUCCAAGAGGAACAAAAGUGGAUGAGCACAAUGCUUUAAUAAGGUCUUCUGCACCAUGUGAAAACACUUCAACUUUUGAACUAUUUGCAGAGCAGCUUUUGAAACUCGCUGCAAUUGAUGAAGAACAGUUUCUUACAUUCAAUCCAAUAUGUAAUUCAGCUGAUUCUACCAAUGAUUUGGUGGCUGAAAUCUUACUGAAUCUUCUUCAUAAUUACAACAAUACAAAUUGGAUCAGUGAACAAGCUAUUCUGGUUCCAAAAAAUGUUGCUGUAAAUAACAUUAAUAAUAUGCUACUGAAUAAACUUGCAGGAGAAGUCUGCACUUAUAACUCAAUUGACAGUGCUGUUGAUGAUCAGGAUAGUGUUAAUUACUCCAUCGAGUUUUUGAACUCACUAGAAUCAUCAGGUUCAACUCCUUAUUGUUUUCAGCUGUAG